AUGGGCAUCUCCCGUUCGGCUACCUUUGCAAUAACGUACCUAAUGUGCAUAGAAAAAAUGUCCUUACACGACGCCUAUAAGCACGUGCAGUACUGUCGCAAUAUUAUCUGUCCAAACAUUGGUUUCUUUCAGCAAAUGAUCGAUCUUGAACAUAAGCUUUACGGGACAAAAACGGUGCACAUUAUCGAGCCGAUUCCUGGGGUAAAAGUGGCUGACGUGGUUUGGAACGAGCUCUAUCAGGAAAUGAUGGACAGUCUGAGUGAGGCCGACCGACAUUCCGUACGAUCGUACAACCCUCGUCCUGAUUCGGCUCGUCAGCAGGACACAAGAUCUCUUCGUUCGCUGAACCUCGUCGCUGAGGAGGUGGAGGGGGCAGUCAGGGAGUUGUCAUCAUGCCGUCUUGCCGAUGCCCAAACACCAACUAACGAUGGGGCUCUACAGGUGGAAGUGGCUCCACGUGUGCCUGCGCUAGUGAGCACGACUCCAAACCCGUAUCCCAAGAGUGCCUUGCGGGACAAAAGCAAAAGCAGCAAGAAUAAGCGAUGGCGGUUAAGUUUCAGCAAAGAUGUCACCUGA